AACAGUAGCCUAGAGACCGGCGCCAUAGUGCUCCAGUUGCGACGCCACAGCGCUCCAGGAUGCUUCCUCAGAAGGCAAGCGGAAAUUCUUGAAGACUUGAUAGAGUGUAUAAAUACACAGCAGCGCAAGCUAGAGCAAAUAAGUAGCAAAUAGAGCAAAGAGCAUGGCAAUGGAAGAAAGCAAGAAGGUCGUGUGUGUGACUGGAGCCGGGGGUUUCAUUGCCUCUUGGAUUGUAAAGCAGCUUCUGGAGAAAGGCUAUACUGUUCACGGCACCGUGCGCGACCCAAGUAACAAUGCGAAGUGUGGACAUCUCAAGCAGCUCCCAGGAGCUGGGGAGAGGCUCAAGCUGUUCAAAGCCGAUGUUCUCGACUACGAUUCCAUUGUCCCAGCAGUCCGGGGCUGUGAGGCCGUCUUCCACACAGCCUGCCCCUUCUUCUGGAAGUUUGACACCCCAGAUGAUGUGUUGGUCCCAGCAAUCACUGGAACGGAGAAUGUGAUGCGUGCUUGCAGCGAGGAGAAGAUCAAGCGAGUGGUGAUGACUUCCUCCGGCGCAGCGGUCAUGUUUGACCCCGAUCGUCCCGAGGACAAGGUGGUUGAUGAGCGCUGCUGGACGAACGUUGACCACUGCCGCAAAAACGAGCGGUGGUACUUGGUUGCCAAGACCGAGGCGGAGAAGACGGCAUGGAAGUUUGCCGAAGAGAAAGGGCUCAAACUUCUCGUGGUGUGCCCGGUUUACGUGUUUGGUCCUCUCUUGCAACAAACCCUCAACACUAGCAGCGAAUAUCUCAAGGAAGUUGUAGAAGGUUCCCGGAAUCCUUCGCCAAGUUCUUACAUUCCUCUCGUGGACGUGAGAGAUGUUGCAAAAGCUCACAUUUUGGCAGUCGAGAACGAGGCUGCUUUGGGGCGCUACUUUUGCGUUGCACUGAGCGUUUCCCACAGAGACGUCCUGAAAUCGGUCAAGGAAAAGUUCCCCGAGCUUCGCUGCUGUGCCCACGAGGGUGUUUCUGAAACGAGCAUUGGAAUUCCUCAUGCCGGAAGAUACGAUGGAAUCCCCCCCGAGAAGAUUGGGAACAAGAAAACUACAGAGCUAAUAGGAGGAUUCAUACCUUAUGAACAAACUCUCUUUGACACCAUUGCUAGCAUCCGUGAACGAGGUUUUCUGCCAUGAAAAUGAAAGAACUCAAGGACUAUUGCUAUAGAUCUGUAUGAAAACGAAAAUGAAUGAAUGUGCGUAUUGGUUUGCAAAUUA